AUGACUCGAGAUCGACUGGCCGAACUCAAAGUCCGGUACCAAGCAGCAAACGGUGGCGUGGGAAAAGGCGUACCAGUGGAAGGUGUAGAAAUAUUGGAUUCCUUUCUCGAGGGGGUUGAUAGUACCUCCAAACUCGUUGAUGAAAUUUCGAGCAACGUCACACAAAUCAAAGCUUGUCAGCUUCAUAUUUUAUCAAAUCCCGCUGCAGACUCCGGUAUUCUGAUCUGCACAUUUAUAGCACUUUUAGUGACUUCAUCCCGUCUGGACGAACAUAUGAGAAAUGUUAAAAACCUCUCUCUUCGGGUCGGCAAAGAGUUGAAGGCUCUAGAGGAAAGCGCCAAGACCGAUCGUCUUCUGCCCUUAAGCGGCAUCGAUCGCAUAAAGUCCUAUCAACAUUCCGCUCUGUUAAAAAGAUUCCAAGCUGUUAUGGAGGAUUAUAAUCGCAGUCAACUAGAAUACCGAGACAAGUGCAAGUCUCGAAUAAAACUGCAGCUUCAGGUUGCUGGCGCGGACAUUAAUGAUGAGAAAGUUGAAAACAUGCUUGAAUCCACUAAUCCUUGUGUUUUUACUGAAGCUGUGUUAGAGCAAACCACUGCGGCGAAGAAAUCCCUCAUGGAAAUAGAGGCACGUCAUGCGGAUAUCAUUAAGCUGGAAAAAAGCAUUGAGGAGAUGAAGGAAAUGUUCGCGCAGAUUGCUCUGCUGGUCGGCCAACAGGGUGACUUAAUAGAUAAUAUUGAGCACAAUGUUGGCAUGACGGUUGACAGAGUGGAGGCUGCUAAAACUUCUGUCGGAAAGGCUGUGGAGAAGCAGAAAAGUGCAAGAAAGGUAUGGCUGGUCUUUUGCUCCUUACAUGUUGCUAUGGUGGGGGUAAGAUGCGCUUCUUUCAUCUUUGGUACGUCCUUUACUGUGUGCGCAUUUGUCACGAUUUGCUUAUUUCCACAUUAG